AUGCCCACUAGCCUCGCCGCCAGUCCCAUGCCAAGCAUCUCUUCCUCCGAUGCAGCGACAAUAGUGUUGACAAGUCAACCAAGCACCGGGGAUCUCGAUGGAGCCAUUGUAGAAACAAUGACACCAUCAAGCGUUCAGCCAUUUGCUACGCCGGACACGGGGGCAACAACAUCCCCAACCGCGCCAAUCGGUGAUGGCGUGGCUAUUACUUUGAUCACAACUGGCAUGCCCAGUCAAACGCCAAGCCUACAGCACAGCGAUUCGUCCAGUGAGGUACCAUCAAGCGUUCAGCCAUUUGCUACACCCGGCAUGGGGGCAACAAUUCCCCCAAUCGCGCCAAUUGGUGGCAGCGCCGAAAUUACUUCGGCUCCCAUUGACAUACUCGUACCCAGCCCUACGCCAAGCCAACAGCAGAGCGAUUCAAUCAGUAAGGUACCAAGUACUGUCAUGACAUCCGUUCCGCUCAGUGAAGUGCCCACUGGUGGUGAUGUGAUUGAAACAGAAGAACCAGGCUCCCUGCAACCGACUACUGAAGAUGUUGCUGCUGCGAGUGGACCGGCCAACACAGUUCUUCCGACCAUGAGUUUUCCGUCGAGCCCUGGUACCACGACAGUGCCAAAUCCUGGACCAACUGGGGUCCCGAGUAGCAUACCAGCUAGUGCAUCCAUUGAGCCUUCUCCACCCUUGCCUACGAGCGCUCCUACCCUUUCCAACUCUGCGUCCGGCAACGUCCAAAGCGACAUGCCGUCGUCUUCUUCAACUUUCCUAUCUUCCUUGACAACAACAAUUAUGCCUUCGAGUCAAUGUGUGAUUACGACCGAGGUUGAUUGUUCUACAGACGCUGGCGCCCCCUGUUCUGAUCUCAAGCCCAUUGAAAGAUCUUGCUCAGAUGAUGGCUCCAUCAGCUCAGUGCGUUUUCGUCUAAAGUAUGCCUCCUGCGCGGAAAGCUAUCAGAACCAACCUGGUGUAACUUGCGUUGACCUAGGAGGCAUUCCAGACAGUGCACGGCUAGCCAGAGUUUCGUGUAGUGAUUCGAAUUCCAACGUGCUCUAUUCAAAAGUCGUCAGUGAAGGGGGGGAAAUCGAACUGUCGGUCAACAAUGGGCUGCCUCCCUACAUUUCUUGUACUCUAACCACCGCCGAUGGCGAAGAUAUUCAAAAGAUAUCUUUCAACCUUUCGGGCGAAGAGGAUUUGAAGCUUCAGAAUACGUUUGGAAGCCUUCAGCUCGAAGCAUGCGACGAGUAUGACUGCAUGGUCGAUGUUUCGUAUUAUUACUCGAUAACGAAUACUGGAUCCAUGAAUGCAAACGUUACCACUCUCGAGAGGACCAGGGGCAACAAUACGCAAGUACUCAUACCCAUCCUGGGAUCCACUAUUGCGGAGCCAGGAGCAACAAUCGUUGCCAGCGAAGGGGAAAGUGUCAAUGCGUGCAACGACCAAGUCUACUCUACAACGAUCAACGUGAUCGCAACAUCACCGAAUGGAGGCAUUUGUUUGUCAUCCUCGACCUCCGAGUUUGAGACCGGCGUGGCAUGCGACAUGGACGUUACAAUUGACUGCAUGUCCGCACUUGGCAUUGACUGUGGGUCCAUGGACAGCCCUCGUUUGCUCUGCAGGGAGCCGUCUGACCCGGCUCUCGCUAAACUAACUUUUCGGCUGUCGUCGUCACAAUGCGAAACAAGCACUCCAACCAACAAACAAACGGGAACAUCGUGUCAGGACUUUGGGGCGAUCCAUAAGAAUAGUUCUGUUGGCGUAGCCUGUAAAGCAGACUCGGAAGCUGCGGUUUUCCUGGACGUCUAUCCAAGCAGUGGUCAUAUUGGGGAAACGAUUGUUGUUUCAACGUCGGAUGGAUCUCCCCUUCCCGAUGUCCUCACCUGUUCUAUGGUGGACUCAGAGGUGGGCGACACACUUCAGGAAAUGACGUUCUUCACUUCGAACGGGCCAGAUGUUGUAGAGCUAAACCUCAAGGAUUCCUUUGGCGCGUUAGAGCUGGUUGGCUGCCUGAGCGACGACGGUACAAGACGAGACUGUCUUCAGUCGGUUCAGUACAGCUAUGAGCUUCUCAAUGUUGGAGUCAACGCGAUGGACGUCACGACAAUGGAACGUACGCGUCGGGACGAAACGGAUCUGUUGGUGAUUAUCGUUCCUGACAUAAGCAACAUCCAACCGGGCACAACCGAGACAGUGGUGGAAACCGACACGGUGGACAUGUGCGAGGAGGGCGAUCAAACAGUCUCACUGAUGGCCAAAGCAAGUUCCCCAAGUAACAUCACAUGUGACGGGACAGCUACGCACAGCUUUGACGUCAGCCCUCCGUGCAGAGUCUUUGUCAAAGCUACCUGCGAGCAACUGGACGGAAGCGACUGCGAAAGCCUGAUUGGCGAGCCCAUGAUGCAGUGUCAAUGUCCUGACUCGUGCACGUCUUCGCUUACCUACCGAUACACCGGGAGCGCUUGCGAGAACACGACUACUGACUGCGUCGAUGCAUGGGAGAAUGAAGCUGUCGCUGACGUCGUCAUUACGAGCGGGAACUUGACCUACUUUUCUGGUAAAGUGCAAGUGGACGAUGACCUAACUCUCCGGAGUGCAGGAGGCAAUUGUCUGCCUGAAAACUUCAGAGCGGUUGUCAGAUCUUCCGCUGAUCUCGUGACCACGCAAACAGUGCAAAUUGAUUCCUCCUGUGCCCGUGGGAAGAAUGCACUUUUGGAUGAGUUUGGGGCUUUUGUCUUUGCUGGCUACACUUGCGAAGACGAUGGGGUAGAACACACAUGCUUCGCCGAGGUGCAGUUCGAACUUACUGUUUUUGGCUCGGGGAUUAGCGCCGAAGCAGCAACUUCAUCUUUGCAAGUUUCUCUUGAUGGCAAGGUGGUUUCAGAUGAUGAGAGUGUAAUGACCUUUGCUGCCGGUGACACGGGCAAUCUUGUCGCGUAUCAAACCAGCGAAAUAAACCUUUGUGUUGAUAGCCAGGUCAUUGCCAAUGUCGGUGUUGAGGCAAGCGGCAAAUCAAAUGACAGCCAAUGCAGCGCUACAACCGCAAUCAAAUUUGAUAUUCUCGCGGACUCGUUGUCGCCAGUCCCUGCACAAAUAUCGAGUCCGCCUUCUACAGUUAACCCCUCAGCACAACAAAGUGCAGGCCCCAGUGCCAUUUCAACGGCAUCGCAGGUUGACCUUCCAACUGACAUUCCGACGCUUGUCCCUACCACCAAAAUACCUUCCUCCCAACCACUAACUGGCGACCUGAUCCCAUUGCCAAGUGAUGUUUCAAGUGACAACAAACCGACACUUGUCCCUACUACCAAGCCAUCACCGGGCCAACAAAAUAUCGCGCCAAGUAAUGAUUCAAGUGAUGACACCCCGACAAUUGCCCCUACGACCGAGUCGUCAUCACAAGCUACAAGUGUGCAGAUUUCAAUGACAACCAAUGUUCCGAGCGAUGUCAACCCAACACUUGUCCCCACUACCGAAAACUCAUCGGGCCAACAAGCUAGCAUGCAGAGCCUGACACCAAGUUACUUGCCAAGUGUUGGAUUUGUGUUGGCUCCCUCGUCAUCGCCAACAGAGACUUGUAAAUUUGACCUGGAAACAACUUGUGUACCACCCCCUGGGGCUACAAGCUGCAAUGCCACACCGCCCCCUGUCGAGCAAUGCUCUGGGCGACCCUUUGAGAUGGGUUUCUUGUUCAAUGGAGGAGAUUGCGAACAAAGUUUCAAUGUACAAGGUGAAUCUGGGCUUUUCGUUUGUGCGGAUAAUAAUGGAGGGCCGCCAACGAGUCGCAACGAAUCAGCAUUCAUUGUUGUGACAGACACGAAUGGUGAAACGAUCUAUCACCAAGGCUGGGUCCAAGUGGGCUCCGCUUUUACUCUUUCGGAUGGAGGCAACCGAUUCGAGGCGAACCAGCUGAUCACUAUCUACAACAGCAACAUUACUGACAAUCCAGAGAGCAUUCUUCAGGCUAUUCAAUACCACAGCUCAUGCUCCAGCAAUCUCUUUCUGAAGGACAGAUUUGGGGCUGUCCAGCUCAUCCAAUGGACGAACGAGGAUCAGGGUGUGAUAUCAUGCUUUGCCAACCAGACAUUUGAGAUGGAUAUUACCGUUCCGUUCGACAUCGAAGGUGGACCCUCAACCCUAACCAGUCUUACAAUUGUCUCCAAUGUCGAACCGUUCUUCUUCAACUUGACUGAAAAGGUUGCCGGAGCUGUCCUGGAUGCCGGCGAAACCUUUUCCGCUUCCAUUGCUGUCACGUUGGAUUUGACAACACGCAAAACGUACAACUUUUUAAUUACCGUUGGCGCCCAGACAACCACUGGACGACAAUGUUGGGGUACUGAUCUGCAGACUUUCACUGCCGGAUCACCCUUGCCGCCUCUCUACCCAACCACUGCCCCAACCGUGUCUCCAACUGGAACCAAUGCACCAACGCCAGAUCCGGAAACGGAUGUCUGCAAAUUGGAUGCUGACAUUUCCUGCCGGACAUCGUCAGGAAGAGGGUGUCGCAGCAUUUCGCUUCCCGCGGCUCGAGUGUGCAAUGACGACAGCGAGCCUCCCAUGGUACUGGAGUUUGAGUACACUGGUAAAGGCUGCGCAACGGUGUCAUCGAAUGGUGUCUGUCGGCAAGCAGUCAAGGGCGUCAACCUGACCAACGAGGUGGUGUAUAUCAUUGUCGAAGGGCAACGAAACUCGGUACUCUUCAAUGGGAUGGUGGUCAAGGGAACUUCCCUGACACUGUCGACCAAUCUUGGUCGAGACGUCAACAUUAUAAUUUCAGAGGUGGAUCCUGCGACGGGUCUUCCCACGGCAGAACUGCAGCGAAUCCACCGUCUGGACACGAGAUGUCGUGGUCAGAUUGGCAGAGACCUGACGUUGUUGGAAGACUACGGAGCUCUACGACUGGUUGGGUACAUGACCAAAGCGCAAGGGCGGGUGUCCACACUUGAGACUGUUACUCUAACGUAUUCGAUCCAGAACGAGGGGGUGUUGCCCGCAGUGCUUUUUUCUGCUGUGAAGGAAAGUGCCUUUUCGGAGGAUGGUGCCAGCGAGCAGCUCUUGUCUGUCGCACAGAAUAUCACUGCAGGUGAGGUGGUGUCUUUUGACGAAGUGGUUUCCUUUGAUGUGGAGGAAGCCUCCAAGAACAACACUGAGUUUGAAUUCAAACUUUUUAUUACCGGGGAUUCUUUGACGAGUGGUUUGGCUUGCUUUGACCAUGCCCACUACUUCUUUCGGGUAUACGAUUGA